AUGCUCAAGAAUGGUGGACGGCGAAGAAAACGACGAGUUCUAUCUCCGGAUCAGGAGGUUGAGUUGAAUCUUGGACUGUCAUUGGGAGGGAGAUUUGGUGUGGACAAGAGUUCUAAUAAGUUAGCGAGGUCUUCUUCUGUAGCAGAGUGUUUACCGGUGGUGAGAGAUGAUAAUGAUGUGGUGGCACCACCAUUGGUGGCUUAUACAGGCCUGUUGAGGACCUCUUUACUGCCCGCAGAGAUAGAGGAGGAAUGGAGGAAGAUAAAGCAAUUGCAGACCUUGAGGAGAAUGGAGGCUAAGAGGAGGAGGUCGGAGAAGUAG